AUGCAGACCCCUUCAGACCAGCCGACACACAUAUUCCCCCUUGAGUUCGCUCCUGUCUCCAUUGCCUCCCCAGGAACCGGCUGCGUGGUUAUGUAA